CUCCUGAAAACAGAAAACAUCACAAACGUAGAGUCUAAAUAAAAUACUUUAGAUCAAUUAACAGAAGAACUGAAAUGUAAUUAAAACGUCAAUUAUAUUCUUAAACGCUCACUUCAGUUUAGAAGUGUGCCUCCGGUAUUAAUCAUCUGCUUUAAUAAACCAGCUUUGUUUCUGUUUGCAAUUCAAACAGAAACGUGUCGCGACAUAUAUACGUCAUAGGUCGACAUGAAUACGUAGGCCUUGUUCGAGUUUUUUUUAACAGGUUUACGGUUACAUUUGUUUUAGCUACACAGACAUGUUAUUUACAAAAUGACAGAAGGCAGUUACAACACAGGGAAUCUGUCUCAAGGGCUCUCAGUGUGGGUUUUAAAUUGUCCUUAUAUUUUACUACAGACAGAUCAGAACUAGAAACGCACCAGGAGGAAAUCCGCACUUUGCUCUGAACGCAGCGGGCUUCCGUCCUCUAAACUUCCGUCUCUGUUCAGUGUUCUGUUUCCAUAGCAACUGCUCGACCAGACCCCAGAGGGCGCAACAAUAAAAGUCAGAACCGUCCAGAAUCAGCUGUUCCUCUUCAUUGGCUCCUCCUCUUCCUCAGAAGGAUGAUGUCACCACGGCUGGGUGUGGUCAGAAAGUCCAUGUUAAAAGAUCCGCUGAUCAUCAAGGCUCCGCUGGGAAAGACCCGUACCAGAGGUCUGGAUGUUCCAGGUCCUGAUUUUGUCUUUGGAGCAAAAACCACCUGGAAUGCAGAUGGGGGCGUGGCUGAGGGUAGCUGCAGCUCUGGAUACCUUCAGGGACCCCAAGGCUCGUCGGUGAGAAUCAGGAACUGGACCAAGCAGAGGACAGAGAACGGCGUGUUAAUUGUGAUGCUAAUAAAACACUGUAAACAAACACGUGUUCUCAGCUGGUUCUUCUGUUCAACACCUGGUCAAGUACUCUGAUUCUGGUCCAGUCUCCUAGGUCAUUUAACUUGGGGCUGCUUUUCCAAUCUCCUGAAACUGUUUAAUGUAAAGGGACAAGUCCACACUAAUGAGAGAAUUAGAAGUUUGACUAAAAAUACAGUUGAACAUGUUUGGAUAACUUCUGGAGCCGACUGACCCAAGCCGAGGGAGCCAGGAGCCAGAGGUUCUCCACAUCUACAGAUGUCCUACCUCCCUCCACAGUCCUGGAAUAAUCUCCUAAACCAGUCAGGGAGGAACAGCAGGCUGGGAUAGGUCGCUCCAGAGACCUGAGUGGGACCUUCACUCCAGCAGAAGUAUCUCAGGUUUGCUGAUCCCGCAAGCUUCUUCAGGUUUCAGAACGCCAUCUCAGACAG